GGGCAGGCCCUGUGAAGGGGGGCGGAGCCCGAAGAGAGAUCACGGCGCCUGGUGGCCACCGCGAGGCCGCAGCGACGGGCUUGGGGAGAGGGUUGGAGCCGGAGCCACGGGAGCCGCCGGGCCUCAGCCAUGUCCUACUGCCGGCAGGAAGGAAAGGACCGGAUUAUUUUUGUGACCAAAGAAGACCAUGAAACGCCAAGCAACGCUGAGCUGGUAGCAGAUGACCCCAAUGAUCCAUAUGAAGACCAUGGCUUGAUACUGCCCAACGGAGACAUUAACUGGAAUUGCCCAUGCCUCGGUGGGAUGGCCAGCGGUCCCUGUGGGGAACAGUUCAAGUCAGCCUUCUCCUGUUUCCAUUACAGUACAGAGGAAGUCAAAGGCUCAGACUGUGUGGAUCAAUUCCGGGCCAUGCAGGAAUGCAUGCAGAAAUACCCGGACCUUUAUCCCCAGGAGGAGGAAGAAGACGAGAAGGCGGCUGAGGCUGAGGCCGAAGCCGCGGAGGGCAAGGGCAGAGCGGAGGCCGCCACGGCGGCUGUGGCAGCUAUGACCAAAGAGGGAUCGAGCUAAUGAAGACAGAUGGAGGCACCCGUCUCCUGUCUUUCUCCCUUCCGGAGAGGCAUGGACCUUAUGCAAAAUGUCUCUUUGGGGGUCUUCACAGAAAAUCUCUUCCCUUUUAAUGUCUUGUGCACUGCGUAUGAAAUAACUUAUUUGGAUGGGCAGGGGCCUCAACCCUGUGACACAAACACUGAAAAAGAUGGGGGUUCUGUGUGUGUGUGUGUCUGUGAGUGUCUGUGAGUACCUGUGUGUGUGGACCAUGUAAACCUCUCAGCAGAUAUAGCUGCUGCUUUUGAAUUCUUCCUCGUCCAGAGCACCCCGAGUCUCACCACUUCAUUUGAAAUAACGUAUUUAAGGCUUCUCAGCAAUGCCCCAAACCACUGCUCUUCAGGUGCGGGCCAGGAGGGUAGGUGUUCUGUGGAUUCACUAAUUUUUUUUGUGUAGUUCAUAGUCCAUUUAGGACUUAUGCAAAAAAAAAAAUCCAAGAGGAAGAACCAUUUUCUGAGAUGAUUGAUUUUCAAAAGAUAAUCUCGAACUUCUAUUGUGCAGAGGUACUGAUUCAUGAAACAUUUACAUCAGGAAUAGAGAGAGAUUAAAUAUUGCCGAUAGAUUCUGGAAAAGAAA